AUGAUACGCAAAAGAACAACACAGGUAUUCAUUGGAAAUGGCUCCAUCAAUAAAUCUUCAUACGAUCCAUACCGUCAUCUUGGUAAUUUCUAUUAUUUCUAUGAGGAUGAAUACGAUGUUAGCACUGAUAAGGUUCCAGAAGGUCACCACCACUGCCCCCACAAAGAAGAGAACUACCCAAACUCCAAUUCAAUCUAUUGUUUCUUUUGUGAAGAAUCAAUAGAAAUGUAUGAACACUUCUUUCAUACAUUGUCUUAUGGUGUAAAUUUUCUUUUAGCCAUAAAUAGGACACUAGAGGAACUUUGUGAAAAUUAUAAACUUCAACCUCAAGAAGAUUUAUAUAAAAAACAAGGUUCUGAUCAUUUGAUUCAAAUUCACCAAGAGGCAUUUAAAAGAGCUGAAAUUAAUUCUUUUGAUUCAAAUUCAUCAUCAAUAUGGCAUGUUUUGUCGGAAGAAAUAUCAGACCAAGAUGAAGGUGAUAGUACAGCUGAAGAUGACUUCUUUGUAAAUUUACAUUUAUCUAUGGAUGCUAAACCAUUUAUCAGAUAUAUAAUUGAAAGAAUGGAUUAUAGAAUAUUUCGAGAGGCAUUUAAAAGAGCUGAAAUUAACAAAUUCAUCUUAUCAUUGUCAUCCUCUAUGAUUGUUUUGAUUCAUAGUUUCCUUUCUCCCGAAACAACCAAGAAAUAA